CACAGUGCGGCUGCACCACAGGCUACCUGUGCACGCUGCAAGUGCACUACGCGUGUUCAGCCAGUGCGCUGACACACAGCUCCAGGGGCCUGAGUACAGCGGACUUAGCGUAGUCGUGCGCUGAAGCACAGCGCUCCAGCGGUUUCCUUUUGGUCGGCCGUAGCCCCAUCCACCCGCGCUGCCUUGAUUUUUUUCCUUUAGCCCCCUUGGACUAACCAAGCUCCCUUUCCCUUUCAUUUCUCUCCAGCCUCUAGUUCACCGCAACGCCGCGAGGGCAGGUGUAAAUACCAAUUCCUGUGUUCAACGCUAUAGACGUCCUUUCUUUUAUCUCCUUUCCUGUCGAUCGCGUUUUUCCUUCGUUUUUGCACAAUUGCACCCCCCACCUGUCGCCUACCGCGCUUCUCUCCAUCGCACCCGCCCACCCGCGUCUUGUCCAGGUCGUGUUCUCUUUCUACCACAAGAGACGCCUGCACCUACGCUCGCGAAUCUAUCGACGCCUCCUCAUCCUCGCUCUAGAUACUGGGUUCGAAAUCAGAGGGAACCGGGCUCUUGCCCGCCAUCAAAUCGCACAUAAUGACCGAAUCCGCCGCUCCCGAGGCGCCCGAUGCCCCCGACGCCAAACUCGCCAAGGUCCAGACGCAGCGAGCAAGAUGGGCAACGCGCAAGAUGACUGUCAAGAGCAGUUCGUCGAAACGAAUGUCGAUUCUCAACAGAAUGCAGCAUAAGCGAGGCAUGUCAAACGAAAAAAACCCGUCUGGCGGUAGCCCGCAACCACCUGUCGAUGGUGACGAUGAGGAUGACCAGGCUUCCGCUGGGAGCGACCAGAACGACGAGGAGGAAUCGGCUGGCCGCCAGCUCUACGUCAACAUCCCGCUCCCAGAUGAGCUCCUUGAAGAUGGUCAUCCACUUUAUACAUAUCCGCGAAAUAAAAUUCGAACGGCCAAGUAUACCCCUCUGUCCUUUGUGCCCAAGAAUUUGUAUUUCCAAUUCCAAAACGUCGCCAACAUCUUCUUCUUAUUCUUAAUCAUCAUGGGUUUCUUCCCCAUCUUUGGUGGAUUGAAUCCCGGUCUAAACUCCGUUCCGCUCAUCUUUAUUCUUUUCGUAACAGCUGUCAAGGAUGCCAUCGAGGAUUAUAGCCGUACCAUUCUCGAUAUUGAGCUCAACAACGCUCCAGUUCACCGUCUGCUUAACUGGAACAACGUCAAUGUCCAAGAAGACAACGUCUCCACCUGGAGACGCUUCAAGAAGGCCAACUCCCGCUUCUUUGGUCUUAUUUGGCACACUAUUGAAAGCAUCUGGUCCAAGAAGGCCCGCAAACAGCUUGCUGAACGCAAGGCUCCUGCCACGGAUGCAGAUGAGCCUCGUGCCUCCAUUGAGACGCAACGAACUCGAAUGUCUAUCCGCCAGUCGCUCAACUUGGUCCGCAAUUCCAUGGCGUCGCGUCAGGAGGAUAUCCAAAUGACACCAGUGCCAUCACCAUCCCCUGGAGGUGUUCGUAUUGAGCUGCCCAGCGACCACGAGAAGCAAAAGGCCGACGCCAUGUUCAAGAUGAAGACCGAUUUCAUCAACUACACUCGUGAAGUUAAGGGCGCUCGAUUCAAGAAGGAUGCAUGGAAGAACGUAGUAGUCGGCGAUAUUGUCCGUAUUUACAACGGUGACGAGCUGCCUGCCGAUUUGAUUAUUCUUGCCACCUCCGAUCCCGAUGGCGCUUGCUAUGUUGAAACCAAAAAUUUGGAUGGUGAAACUAACUUGAAGAUCCGACAGGCUCUUCGCUGCGGCAAAGGCUUGAAGCAUGCCCGUGACUGCGAGAGAGCCGAGUUCUACAUUGAAAGCGAGUCACCACAAGCCAACCUUUACAAAUACACCGCUGCCAUUAAAUGGAAGCAAGAAGUUCCCGGCUACCCCGACGACGAGCCCGAGGAUAUGACUGAGCCCGUUUCGAUUGACAACAUGAUGCUCCGAGGCUGCAACUUGCGCAAUACGGAGUGGAUUUUGGGCGUAGUCGUCUUCACUGGCCACGACACCAAAAUCAUGAUGAACGCGGGUAUGACACCAAGCAAACGCGCCAGAAUCGCCCGCGAAAUGAACUACAACGUCAUGUACAACUUUGGUUCCCUCUUCGUCAUCUGCGUCUUGGCCGCCAUCAUUAACGGUGUGUCGUGGGCUAAGACAGAUGCGUCAAGCUACUACUUCGACUUUGGCUCUAAUGGAGGCACACCCGCGCUCAGUGGCUUCAUCACUUUCUGGGCUGCCAUCAUCGCUUUCCAGAACUUGAUUCCCAUCUCGUUGUACAUCACUCUCGAAAUUAUCCGAACCCUGCAAGCCGUCUUUAUUUUCAGCGACGUCGAAAUGUAUUACGAACCGAUCGACCAGCCCUGCGUACCCAAAUCUUGGAACAUCUCGGAUGAUGUCGGCCAGAUUGAAUACAUCUUUUCUGACAAGACAGGAACCCUCACACAAAACGUCAUGGAAUUCAAAAAGGCAACAGUCAAUGGCCACCCGUACGGUGAAGCAUACACCGAGGCCCAGGCCGGUAUGCAGAAGCGCAUGGGUGUUGAUGUGGAAAAGGAGUCUGCCCGUAUCCAUGCCGAGAUUGCAGAGGCCCGAGUACAAACACUGGCUGGUCUCCGCAAGCUCCACGAGAACCCCUUCCUCCACGAUGAUGCGCUCACUUUUGUCGCUCCGGACUAUGUUGCCGACUUGGCCGGUGAAUCUGGUCCCGAUCAAAAGGCCGCCAACGAAUGCUUCAUGCUGGCGCUGGCACUUUGCCACACAGUAAUUGCUGAACGCGCGCCCGGUGAGACUGCGAAAAUGGUGUUCAAGGCCCAAUCGCCUGACGAGGAGGCAUUGGUUGCAACGGCCCGCGACAUGGGCUUCACUGUCUUGAGCAACACGAGUGACGGCAUCACGCUCAACGUCAUGGGCGAAGAACGACACUACCCAAUUCUGAACACCAUCGAAUUCAACUCUACUCGUAAGCGAAUGAGCUCUAUUGUCCGCAUGCCUGACGGAAAGAUUACCCUCUUCUGCAAAGGUGCCGACUCUGUUAUUUACGCCCGCCUGAAGCGAGGCGAGCAGCAGCAGCUUCGCAAAGAGACUGCUGAGCACUUGGAGAUGUUUGCUCGUGAAGGACUGCGAACGCUGUGUAUUGCUCAGAAGGAUCUUACCGAGGACGAAUACCGUACAUGGAAGAAGGAACAUGAUGUCGCCGCUGCUGCCAUGGAAAACCGUGAAGAAAAGUUGGAAAGCGUCGCUGAACUCAUUGAGCAAGACCUGAUGCUCAUUGGUGGCACUGCUAUUGAAGAUCGUCUUCAAGAGGGCGUUCCCGACACCAUCUCCUUGCUUGGCCAAGCUGGUAUUAAGCUUUGGGUAUUGACUGGCGACAAAGUUGAAACUGCCAUCAACAUUGGUUUCUCUUGCAACUUACUUAGCAACGACAUGGAGCUCAUCCACAUCAAAGUUGAUGAAGAUGAAUCUGGCGAACAGAGUGACGAAGACAUUCUUGCCAUGACAGAGAAGCUUCUGGACCAGAAUCUGGCGACUUUCGGUAUCACUGGCAGCGACGAAGACCUGGUCGCAGCGAAGAAGAACCACGAACCGCCUGCUCCGACACACGGCCUUGUUAUCGAUGGCUUCACAUUGCGAUAUGCCCUGGACGAGCACCUGAAGCAGAAGUUCCUGCUGCUUUGCAAACAAUGCAAGUCUGUUCUUUGCUGCCGUGUUUCUCCCGCCCAAAAAGCUGCGGUUGUUGCCAUGGUGAAGACUGGCUUGGAUGUCAUGACUCUGUCGAUUGGUGAUGGUGCCAACGAUGUUGCCAUGAUCCAGGAGGCUGAUGUUGGUGUUGGUAUUGCUGGUGUUGAAGGUCGCCAGGCAGCCAUGUCCUCGGAUUAUGCCAUUGCUCAGUUCCGCUACCUACAAAGACUCGUUGUGGUCCAUGGUCGCUGGUCGUACCGUCGUCUUGCCGAAGCCACCGCCAACUUCUUCUACAAGAACAUGGUAUGGGUGUUUAGCAUCUUCUGGUUUGAAAUCUUCUGUGACUUUGACAUCACGUACCUGUUUGACAGCACGUACAUCAUCAUGUUCAACCUGCUCUUCACCUCUCUGCCUGUUGGUGUGAUGGGUGUCCUUGACCAGGAUGUUUCCGACAAGGUUUCGCUUGCCGUUCCCGAGCUGUACCGUCGUGGUAUUGAGCGAAAGGAGUGGACCCCGAAGAAGUUUUGGCUGUACAUGCUCGAUGGCCUGUUCCAGUCCGCCAUGGUCUUUAUCGUGCCAUACUUUAUCUUUACUGGUGGCCGCCCUAUCACUCUCUCUGGCCUCAACAUUGAGGACCGUCUACGAUUCGGUGCCUACAUUGCUCACCCGGCUGUUUUGGUCAUCAACGGAUAUGUCAUGAUGAACACAUACCGCUGGGAUUGGUUGACACUGCUGAUUAUCAGUCUGAGUGAUUUGUUUAUCUUCUUCUGGACUGGUGUUUACACGUCGUUCCAGUCGUCUGCUACCUUUUACGGCGCCGCCAACCAAUGCUACCAGGAAGCCACGUUCUGGGCAUGCUUCUUCAUUGUCCCCGUCAUGUGUCUGUUCCCGCGUUUCGCCAUUAAGAGCAUACAGAAAGUGUACUUCCCAUACGAUGUGGACAUUGUCCGUGAGCAAGCUCGUCUUGGCCAGUUUGACCACCUCAAGGGUCCCGAAUUGGACAACAAGAACAACGACAACAAGAGCCAAAAGUCCAAGUCCUCAAGCAGCUCGAGAAGAGUCAAGCACCAGCCGUUUGAGAGCGUGGACGAAGACCAGCGACCUAUCUACCCAGCUUCGGAGGUUACCCAGAGCCAGACGCAGCCGCACCAUAGCCAGAACAACAGCGACGCUACCAACUUCCGAUAUUCGCUCGACGUACCGCAACACGUCCGACCCUCGGGAGAACGCCCUCGACCUUCGUACGAUCGCAUGCGUGCUUCGAUGGACCGUAUCCGACCUAGCUUCGAAGCUAGCAACGAUUUCACAUCCGCGGCUCGCCUAUCGCGUCUCGAGUCGAGCCACUCCGUUGGUAGCCAAGGUCAACAACACCACCACCUCAACCUGCGAAGCCGUCUACGCGGCCUAUCCCUGUCCAAGAGCUCCAAUCUCUAGAUGGGGUCAGAUGCAGACGAUGGAUAUAUGUGCGCAUAUUCGACAUGACCUAGCGGCACCGCGUUGCAUUUCUUAAUCACACGACCAUUGUAUGGUCUUUUGCUUUAUUUGUUUGAUAUCCUACCUCAACCUUGCCCCAGGGCGGUUGUGAGGCCGUGUCUUUGUAAGACACGUUGAACAUGUUUGACUUUUCUGUGCCAACUGGGAAACUGGACAUGCUCCUUUAUCCCCCGCUAUCACUCCUUCUCUUCCCCUCUCCUCCUUUUUUCUAUUUUACGUCUCUUGGUUUUUGAUUGUUGGGCUUUGCAUCACAGCAUAAUAGAGGUUACUUUAUCCGGGAUGCAGAUUUGUGCUUUUAUCGUUUGCCAGUCCCUUUAUUGUCGAGGAGGAAAAGAAUCAUUUUAGUCCCGCGCAUCAUGCCGAAGCAGGACUCCUUUGAAAAAGAUGACGCCUAGUUUGUAUAUACUGUGCCUUUUUCGAGCUGUCUUCCUGCUUUGGCAUGCUGGUGCGCCUGGUUUUGCUGCGUUUGACUUUUUAUAUUUAUUUGUGGGUUUUUUUGGAGACGAUGUUGCAAAAAGAAAUACAUAACAUGAAUUCAAAAUAUUUAAUGAAUAUUCUUU